AUGGACGACGCGCCACCGCCGCCAGCUACGCCCAGUCCGCGCGGCGUCGACCUUUCGCUAAGGACGACGUCGUCCGCGACAUCUCAAACGGCCCCCGUGCACGCCGACCCACGUGAGCACCCGCCGACGCCGAUCGUCGCGGACGAAGCCUCUCAUGCGACACGCAAACGUACUCUAGACAGCACGUGCAACAACGCACCGAGUCGUGCACUUGGUGGGGUGCCACCGCUCGCCAACGACACCUCGUCACGGGCGCUACUGCCUCGAAAUCCCGCACUCCGAGCCAAGAGCCUCGUGCUUCUGACGUCUGACGUGCAAGCGCGGCGGAAGCGAUCGCUGGCUUUUCCACGCAAGGCCCCCACUCGGAUGGUGCAGGCUGCGCGGAGCUCGGCGCUCAGCGUCGGUUCGUCCGAGGCCGACGAUGUAUCCCGAAAGGUCGCCGCGUCCAGCAACCGGUCGUAUCCGCCGCAGCGCCGCCCUCAUCGUCAUGACGAGACGCUCGCCAAGCAAGAGUUGCCGUUGGGCGAAGACCACUGGACCGACUACCUCUUUGCUCGGUUUGGGUCGCGUCCGGACGUCCAAUCCGAGUUUCAAAAAAACCAGACAAAGCUCUUGGAGAUGAUUCGCACCUUGGACGCGCUUGCCAAGACGCGCCCAAACGACGACGAGGUCGCCGCACAGCGUAGCGCGUGCAAAGCCAUGGCGGCCUGGUUCCGCGUCGGGGACCACGUUCUUUUGAUGGACAUCCACGGCAAGCCCGCUCUGCUCAAAGGCGAUAGCCGCAAAAUCACAGCGCCACUCAUCUCGAGUGUGCGGAAGCGCCACUCGCUGCCCGACGCGACGCCAGUCGCCGACCCGAUCACGGCCACGAUCCGCCGCGACUUGCACAACGGCACGUACGACAUUCGCCUGCACAAGACCGCCUCGACCAUCCAGCGAGAGGUCGCACACCAUUUACUACGGCCCAAAGUCCGGCGCAAACCGGGUAUCGAAGCGAUUCGACCUUCGUCGACACGGAACUUUCUCUUGCUCGAUGGUAUGGUGCGCCUCGACCUCGGAGCCCGCGUCAUGGUGACGUACCGGGACCCGCUGGAGCGGCGGUACGGGUACUUUCUGGGCCUCAACACUAAUGGCACCGCCAUCGUGCAAUAUGACGAGAAGGACGUCGAUGCCAAGGUCGAUAUCAAAGAUCUGAGUGCCGCCGCCGACCAAGACGUGACCGACGAGCUCCUCGCGAUGGUCCAAGAAAUGCAGUUGACGGUCGACGACCGCGUCAUUCUCACAGGCUUCCGCGUCCUCGCCAAGCACCCGAUGUUGAAGAGCGCCCAGCCGUGCACCGUGACCCGCGACAACGGCAACAGCACGUUCGACUUGCAGUUUCUCGACGGCAUUUGCGUCUACAGUAUCAGCCGCGACGUGAUUCAGAUCGAACCGAGUGUGCACGAAAUGCAGCUCAAGCAGCUGGAGGCGCAGCGCAGCGCCGCAGCCGGCGCGUUCGUCGUCGGGCAGCUUAUCGCGGCGUACAGUCCGCGCUACCUGCGCUACUGCUCGGGGCGCGUUCAAAGCGUGGUUGACGGGCUUUACGCGGUCGUGUUUGACUAUGGCGAGUGCGUCACGCAGAUCCCAGCGACCGAAGUCACGAGUCUCCCGGACGCCACGUUGCAGCGCUGCGGCAACCUCAUUGUGUACUCGAAAUCGAUUCUGGGACCCGAAGAAGCCGACGAUGCGCGGCUGCCCAUGGGCCAUCGUGUCAUGGCGCGGCUGUGUGGCAGUCCCAAGUACUUUGCGGGCGUCGUCGAAGAAGCCGAAUCCAAGACGUACCGCAUACGAUUCGAGUCCAGCAUCUUGGAUCCAUCCGUGCCACGCAGUCACGUCUAUAGCGUCGAGAGCAGCGCGGUUGUCUUUGUCAAGCCGACACCAAAGUCCAGCGAUGCGACGGCCACCAUCCACACGUCGCGUCAAAAACGAAAGCGCAGCUCGCUGGCGCAACGCGUGCUCAACUUUUUCACGGGCAGCACCGUCGAGUGAGGUCGCAUGCGUCCCUUUCUUGGAGGCGGCGUCGCCAGUUCAAAUCUGGCAAAAACAGAGCGACAAGUUGGAGACACGUGGCUUUGCUCGGCACUGAUGUACAAUCAAGGCCAUAAGUCCAAUAAUGUAUGCAAGCUCGGGCUCGUUUUCAUUGACA